GAGAAGGUUUGGUUGGUUGGAAAGCUUUUAAAUGUUUUGCAACCUUUUUCUUUUCUCUCUGAAGCGAGACCUCUGCGCCCGCUUUCUCUCUUCUGCUCUGUGUUGUUUUGUUCGGGGCUUUGCCACAGAUCAAUGGAGUAGCAGCCGCGUUAAAGUAGCAAAAUUGCGGAUGACGUGUGCCUCGCCGGUCUGGCUACGGAGCAGGGACGUUGCCGCUUUAUUUUCCAGGAGAUCGGCUGGGGGAGACGUUGAAUCCGUCUUCAUUUGGGGAAGGGAAGAAAGCGAGCCCCCCGCCUCCCCUCCGAGAUAUCAUUAGCAGUGGAAAUAAACACACGGGAAAUUUCCCCCUUUCACUGGAGAGGCGAUCAGAGGCAAACAAAGAAGGGAGAAUUUGCCCUUUUGAUCGUCUCUUCAGAUAAAUUCGGUUUUCCUGGGCAAAGCAAAGCAAAAAGCCUGAACUUUGUUUUUCAAAACGAGAGACAAAACCAAGCGGGCUGGAACCGGGCUUGCAAGGAGGCGGAUGGGGCCGAGGCGAGCAAGCGCUCGGCUGUGCCCUGGUAGGGCGCAUGGUUGGAAGGCGGUCUAAUUUUUUUCCCCAAAAAUGUGCUUUUUUAAUUCUAGAAAAUCGCUCUUGGCUGAAUAAGCCCCCUCGGAUCUCUGCAGAAGAAACUGGAAAAAGAUGAACGACUCCUAAUUCGGAUGAUCAGUCUCUUGACCCAUGAAGGAUUAUGUGGCUGUAGCAUGAAUCUGUCUUUCCCCUUCCGGGUUUUGCUUGUUCGGCCAAGAGGCGUCCGUGUCUGGGCAGUCCCUGGCGUUGGGUAGCAGGGACAGAUGGCCAAGUGGCUGAAGGAUUACUUGAGUUUCGGGAGCAGGAGGUCUCCCCCUCAGCCCCCCAAGCCCGAUUACUCAGAGAGUGAGAUCUUAAAGGCAUAUCGUGCGCAGAAGAGUUUAGAUUUCGAGGAUCCCUACGAAGAUGGUGAUGGCAAACCCGACCCAGACCCUGGAGGGUCCCCAAACAAGGGGGGUGCUGCAGCCAGCACUAAUUUGGAAGGGAAAUAUGGCUCCCCGAAACACAGGCUCAUCAAAGUGGAAGCCUCUGACCUGAACAAAAGCAAAGCACUCUUGGCCACAGCUUCCGAGGAGGUUUUAACCCCACUGGAUCAGCCCCCUGGAGAGAGCGAAUACUCGGAUCCCUUCGAUGCCCACCGGGAGCCAAAAGGAGAGGCAGCGGAAGAUGCUGAGCUGGAAAACAACGGCUACAUGGAGCCGUACGAUGCCCAGAAAGUGGCUGCUGAUUUCCAGGGCAAGCCUGACUGGGAGGAGGGAAGGGUGAAGAAAUCCCGGAUCGGUUUCCAGCUCUACGACACCCCGUACGAGGAGAAGGUGCCCAAGGCUGACCCAGACACGCUGCCCGUUGGCAAGCCGCGCGAAAGCCGGCUGCCACAGGACGACGAGCGGCCGGCUGACGAAUACGACCAGCCGUGGGAGUGGAAGAAGACUCAUAUUUCCCGAGCGUUUGCAGUAGACAUUAAGGAGACUAAAGCUUUACCCUGGCCACCGCCUGUGGGACAGCUCACGGGGACUGAGGACCCCCUAGAUCCAGAAGUGCAAUUUGAGAGCCCGGAAUGGGAACGGACAUCCCCCGCUGCCUCUUCUGCGCACAAAGAGCGCUGGCGCCAGCAGAAGCACCUGCCCAGCGGCUCCAAGUUCGGCAGGUCGCAGAGCCCUGACCCUGGCCUCCCUGUGGCCGAGCGCUUCGACCCCUCGCUGCCGCUGGAAAAUCAGGCGUGGUUUCAUGGGACGAUCAGCCGAGCCGACGCAGAGUCCCUCCUCACCCUGUGCAAAGAAGGGAGCUACUUGGUGCGCAACAGCGAGACCAGCCGCAACGACUACUCUCUCUCGCUCAGGAGCAGCCAAGGGUUCAUGCAUAUGAAGUUCACCCGGAGCAAGGAGAAUAAAUACAUCCUGGGCCAGAACAGCGCCCCCUUUGACAGCAUCCCGGAGGUCAUCCAUUACUACACGGCCCAGGAGCUGCCCGUCAAGGGCGCCGAGCACCUCUCACUGCUGUACCCAGUGGCCAUUCAGACUCUGUAGCGUGGACUCGGGCCGCGAGAGCCAAGGAAUUCGUUUUGAUCCAAAGACGCUGGCAAGAUGAUUGUCGACCGCCGGAGGUGUCUGGCUGGGGUGACUCGCCGACAAUCUCUCCCCGUUCCUUUGGGGUUCCCACCUUGGAGAAAGGGGGUACAGACUUUGCUCUCUCCUGUUCUCAAGCAAUAAUGGUGCUGAUCUGAUUCCGAACCGGCCAACAAAUUGUCCCCGUGCUCCUUUCUCCUGUGCUUUCCUGUUCUUCCAUUAGCUCAGUGGAAAUCUGGCAAAACGGCCUGGUUUGCUCAUGCAGCUCUGCUCUUGCCUAGCUCACAGAGGAGCAGAGGUUUCACAAGGGGGGCUGGAAUGUUUGAGGGUUCGGCUCUUGCAGUGUGGUUACCUGUUCCCCCUGCAGAGGCACUGCAUACCGGUCUAGUGGGGUGUAGGGAGCACUUAUGGCCCGUGCCCUGCAUAUUAGCCACCCUCGCUCUAACAGCUUUGGCCAUGCAGUUUCUCUGGUUGGGAUUAACUGAUUGGAGGCACUCCGUUUUUUCAAGGGGCUCUGUGGCAGAUCAGAGCUCGUAGGGAUGAGAGAAACAGAGAAAUCCCCAAGAUUCCCCAAAUUUUACUUCAUAGCUUCAUUGCCUUGCUCCAUUCUCUUUCCCAAACUGCUUUUCUUUUUGCUGGACCAGGAAAGGGGCACAUUUUAAAAUAAGGAACAUGAGCAUUUUCAUGAUUUUAAAGUGUGUGUUUUUCAAAAUGCACACUUUCAAGUUCAACCACAAAUUCAGCUCCCAGCCCUCCGCAAAAAAAACUAAACACCAUUCUUGUUUGCUUUCACAUUCAGAAUCAGGAGGGAGGUAAGCUGGAAUGCUUGGUGGACUGAGACAAUAGCUCCAUGCCUCCCUAUUCUGCUUUUUUCUCCUUAAUGCAUUUCCUGUGAUAAGAAAAUGGUGGAAAAGGAAGUAGGGGAAGCACAGGAGGGUUAUAGAUGGAAAGCACCAAGAUUUGGAUCCCCAGGGCUUUUCUGGGAAUGAUGCAGGAGCUCAACUGAAAGUCCAAAACUUUAUUUCAAAAUUCUGCUCCUUCAAAAUUUACUGAACUUCCUGUAAUUUUGCUGAGGGGCUAAGCUGGCUGGAGGAGGUUAGGUGGAAGUUCUCACCUUUGCCUUGCCAUAACCACUUUUCUCAAAGUUUGAAGAUUUCCCUUGAAACUUCCCUUGAUUUGUUUGCAAUUUCUAUCACAGCAUGAUGUGCUUUCCCACAAAUACUUUUCCAUGGAGUGAUGUGCUUUAAAGAUCCAGCUCCCUGCCUGGCUUCUUACUCAAAUCCUUCAGAGUAACCACGUGGUUCCAUGCAGCUCCAGGCUGGGUUUAAUAUGCUGUUCUCACACCUCUGAUUUCUUCCUUACCUUGCAUUAAGAAACUGCCAAACAGUCUAAUCAAAUCUGAUGUCGUGUGUGCAUGUGGUGAGGGCAGGAAAUGUCUAUGUUGGACCAUAUCCCUCUCCUGCUCCCCCUCCCCAGUUUUACACCAUGGAAAAUUAUCUGUUUUCUGGAAUUGCAGGAUGCUUCUGCUCAGGGUUCUCUAUAUUGUGGCCCAAACAAUGCAAACUCUGUUGUUGUUCCACCAGCCUGCUAGCCAUUAUUGUGACCAGUGCAAAAUGCAAAGCAAAAAGUACCCCCAGUCCUGCUCUUCCCAUUUGCUCCUCCAUGAUGAUGAUACAGGCUGUGUGAGAAGAGCAGCUAACCACGGGCACUUCAGACAGACCCGCUUGGGUGUGGGAAACCAAAGCUUGCAGGAACACUGUGCAGCUCCAUUUUAGUACUGGGAUGCAGGUGUCUUCAGUCGCUCGGCUCAGGUUUCCCUGCUUCAGCGCUGCUGAAAUCCUUCCAACUGGAGGAACAGUGCAUUUCCUUAGCGGCAACAUAGGGUGUUAUUCCCCGGGGGUCAUGCAGAGCAGCCACCUUGUCCUUAAAUGAGCCAUGGAGGCUUUGCAGAAGACCUGCUCCAGGUAGAGAUGAAAACUGCCAGAAAACCUUUAUUGACAUAGCUUGUCACAGUUUUCAGGGCUCUGCUUGGGGGAAUGGUGUGGGCCUAACACAAUGAAGACCCACACUUCUGAAUCAACUGUGACACCCCUGCAAGUUGCCUGGCUUUUAUCCCAACACCCCAACCCCAGGCUGUAGCCAGUGAAGAAGAGCAGGAAAGGGAAUGAAAAUUGCAAUGUGAUAUGAACACGUGAUGUAUUUUUCCCCUAAGUAUGACUCUGUGUGAAGAGGAGGAGAGGCAGUCAUAAUCGGCGCUUCCACCCUGAAGUCAUUCUUCCUCUCCUCCUGUGCUCAUCCCAGCGAUUUCCACCAUCUUUGUCACAUGUUUACUUGGUUGGGUGUGUGCGUGUGCAAAUAUUCCCUGCGUUGUCCUGUGUUGCAGUGCAAUAUAUCCCUCCAUGUUUCCUUCACCAUGACGGUGUUGCCUUUGCAUUAAACUUCACAUUCCAUGUGUCCGA